AUGACUAAGUACCAAGAUGAAUUGCAAAGUCGACAUAAUAAUGUUUUCUUCGCCUCUGCGGAUUGGGCCAACGGGUGGCGCGCUUUCAUCGAUGGGGCUUUAGAGCAGGGAUUUUUGAAUGCCCAGAAUUUGCUGAAUGAGCUUCGUCAAGAAGAUAAAGCCAGGCAAUCCGGCGCCAGAUCUAUCCUUUAA